AAGCUUGUCCUUUCUGGAUGCUUACACGGACUGGGCAGGCACACACACACACACAUGCUGUAGAUACAACGCAGGCAGGAGUUAGCAAACAGAUUAUUUUGUUCUACAUCAAGGAACAAAUUCCAAUUUCUUAUGACAAAAUACCACCCUUUGAGAGGAUGCACAACAUGCUCGACCACAUGGAGUUUUGUUGCUUGCAAAUUUGACUGGGAGAUCAACGGGUAGAAAAAGCAGUUUACACAGCAACUUCCUCUUUCCUCAAGUUUCCUUCUAGUUUGCAAGAUCUUGCUUUCUUUCAACAUUUGCUUUAAGCCUGCUUCCCAUGCCGUCCACCAUAAAUGCAGCAGUGGCUCAGCGGACAGGUGCUGGGUCAGGUCCCAGCGCUACUAUUAGCACUACAACUGAAGGUGCGGGUGGGGGCACAGGAGGAAUUUAUUCUGCCAUUAUAAGUCGCAACCAGCCCAUUAUCAAAGUAAAGGAGAAGACCUAUGAAGAGCUUCACAAGAAGUGCCUGGAGGAAAACAUUCUCUAUGAAGAUCCUGAUUUCCCACCGAACGAGUCCUCUCUCUUCUAUAGCCAGAAAAUCCCCAUCAAGUUUGAAUGGAAAAGACCACGUGAAAUCUGUGAGAACCCACGGUUUAUUAUUGGUGGAGCCAACAGAACAGAUAUCUGCCAAGGAGAAUUAGGUGACUGCUGGUUCCUGGCUGCCAUUGCUUGCCUGACGCUGAAUAAAAAACUACUCUGUAGAGUCAUACCUCACGACCAGUCCUUUAUACAAAACUAUGCUGGCAUCUUCCACUUCCAGUUCUGGCGCUAUGGAGACUGGGUGGACGUCGUCAUUGAUGACUGCUUACCCACAUACAACAACCAGCUGGUCUUCACCAAGUCCUCACAACGCAAUGAGUUCUGGAGCGCCCUCCUGGAAAAGGCUUAUGCAAAACUUCAUGGGUCAUAUGAAGCUCUGAAAGGAGGCAACACCACCGAAGCCAUGGAGGACUUCACUGGAGGCGUCACAGAGUUCUAUGAGAUAAAGGAUGCCCCUAAGGAUAUCUAUAAAAUCAUGAAACAUGCCAUUGACAGAGGGUCCCUUAUGGCCAGCUCCAUUGAUGAUAACUUAGGUUUUUCCUAUGGAGCAGCUCCGCGGAGUGACAUCGGGGAACUGAUUGCUCGAAUGGUGAAGAACCUAGAAAACGCACAGAUGACUCACUCCACUGUAGACUACCUGGAGACAGAUGAAAGGCCAGCCUGGACCAUAGUGCCAAUGCAGUAUGAAACCCGGAUGUCCUGCGGGCUUGUCAAAGGUCAUGCUUACUCUGUCACAGCUGUGGAAGAGACAACUUUUAAAGGGCAAAAAAUACGUCUGGUAAGGCUGAGAAACCCCUGGGGGCAGGUGGAAUGGAACGGACCUUGGAGUGACAAGUCAGAAGAGUGGAACUUCAUUAACGAAGAAGAAAAAAUACGCCUACAGCACAAGAUCGUGGAGGAUGGGGAGUUCUGGAUAUCAUUUGAAGAUUUCAUGAGGCACUUCACAAAACUUGAGAUCUGUAACCUCACACCUGAUACGCUGGAAGCCGAUAAACUCCAGACCUGGACAGUGUCAGUCAAUGAAGGGCGCUGGGUGAGAGGCUGCUCAGCUGGAGGUUGCCGCAAUUAUCCAGAUACAUUUUGGACCAAUCCCCAGUAUCGCUUGAAGCUCCUGGAGGAGGAUGAUGAUCCUGAGGAUGAAGAGGUUAUCUGCAGCUUUCUCGUCGCACUGAUGCAGAAAAACAGGAGGAAAGAACGCAAGCUGGGAGCCAACCUGUACACCAUUGGCUUUGCCAUCUAUGAGGUGCCCGAAGAGAUGCAUGGUACUAAGCACCACUUGCAAAAGGAUUUUUUCCUCUACAAUGCCUCUAAAGCUAGAAGCAAGACCUAUAUUAACAUGCGAGAAAUCUCAGAGCGCUUCCGGCUACCUCCCAGCGAGUAUGUCAUCAUCCCAUCGACAUAUGAACCUCACCAGGAAGGAGAAUUCAUCCUGAGGGUCUUCUCAGAGAAAAGAAGUCUUUCAGAGGAGGUUGAAAACAUGAUUGAGGCAGAACGUCCAUCGAAGAAGAAAAAGGGCAAGCCUAUCAUCUUUGUUUCUGACAGAGCAAACAGUAAUAAGGAGCUGACAACACAUGAAGACACUACCAAAGAUGGUGAAAAAAAACACGUGGAUGAGAAAAAGCGCCCUUCAGCAAAAGCUCGUGAAAAGAGUGAAGAGGAAAAACAGUUCAGGAAUAUUUUCCGACAGAUUGCAGGGGAUGACAUGGAGAUCAAUGCUGAGGAACUCAGGAAUGUUCUCAAUAAUGUCGUAAAAAAACAUAAGGACCUAAAGACAGAAGGAUUUGAACUGGAAUCCUGCCGCAGCAUGAUUGCUUUAAUGGACACAGAUGGCUCAGGGAAGAUAAACUUCGAUGAGUUUCGACAUCUCUGGGACAAGAUUAAAAGCUGGCAGAAAAUUUUCAAGCGUUAUGACACAGAUCAUUCAGGAACCAUUAACAGCUAUGAGAUGCGCAAUGCAGUCAAUGAUGCAGGCUUUCGGCUGAACAACCAGCUCUACGACAUCAUCACCAUGCGCUACGCUGACAAGAACAUGAACAUCGACUUUGACAGCUUCAUCUGCUGCUUCGUGCGCCUCGAUGCCAUGUUCAGGGCAUUCCACGCCUUUGAUAAAGAUGGAGAUGGCAUCAUUAAGCUCAACGUACUAGAGUGGCUGCAGCUCACCAUGUAUGCCUAACAGCAGAGCCAGUACCCACCUUCAUGAAGAAAACGUUCAAGGCUUCUGUUUUGAGCAACUAGCUCCAUUCAUCGCCAAGUACAAACGAGAGCAUUUCCGAAUUACGCGCUUUACUUGCAAAGAUAAACAGCGCAUGGGAAGAAGCCCUGGGAAAAAGAGACAAUCAUAAUCCAGUAGGCAGACCAGUGUGCAUAUUCUGUAAUUACUUUUAUAACUUCCUGACGUUUUCCUUUGGGCAACAAGGAUUAAUUUAUUGACUCAGUUAAGCUUUUUCUGCACGGUAAAGACACAGAGCAUGCAUCUUUAUUCUGCUUAUGCUGACAACUGGAAAAGUCUUCCCUCAAAUCAGGCAAAACUCAGAGUGCAUUUGAACUGUGAAAGUCAGAGGUGUGUACUACCACCUUGUAAUCAAGUCAUUAACUUUGUCCUGCUUUUGGUACUAUCAUUUCAGUCUCUCUAUAAUCAUGAGAUUGUGUUAGAUUACAUUAAUAUUACACAUCCCAAUCAGGUACCUUUUUGUAGACGUGGCUGUGCAGGUGGGUUCUCUGCUGUGCCAGAAAUGUGCAAGUAAAGCACAAGAGACUGCAGUACCUCAGGACAUCUUGGUCUGGCAUCUCAGCGAAAGUAUCAGAACUGCACAAUUUGCUCUUAUUAGUAUCCCUGUAGUAUCUUAACUAUGCCUUGGGCAUUUAAAAUGACUCUUAUUGUAAAUGCACUCUCAGUAAUUUCGAGAAAGUUGUUUGCCAUUGGAGACAGAAAACCUCUUAUGCAUACAAAUAUAUACAUCUACACAGACACUCCCCUUUGGGUCCUAUUUCCUGACAGUAUUUUGUAGUUCUUUACUGUAAGACGUGACUUGUAGCAGAAUCAGACACUAUGUUAACAUGAACACUUUGGGAAGAUUAUUAGAAUGUGUAAGUACAAUUAGUUUAAUUGAAUCAAAAAUAAAAUCAACUGGAUUUUGGCCUAAUCUUUAAGGUUUUUUUUUUGUUUUACUCUGGAAAAAAACAGAGGAGGAUAAACCAUUAAGCAGUCUUCCACCAUGCUCCUGAGUAUACGUUUAUCAGCUUUUGGAGCUUUAUGGCAAGUGUGAAACCAGCUUAAUAUCUCAAACAAUUGCCAGUUUUCUCCUUGAACGCAUUAAAAAUAAAUAAACACUUGAGCCUGAGAACUCCGUCGUUACCAGUUUUAAGGAUGACAGGCUUUCAGAACUGCUGAACUGUUGGUCAAUAUAAAAAUGGAAGGAAAAGCAAAACAUGCAAGAAAAGGUGUGAAGAGACCAGACUUCAUCAGGAGAACCUUCUACUAAGUUCUUUACUGGUGAAAAGUAACAAAGCAAUCCACUAUUGUAAAGCAAAAUUUUAAAAACGGAUAUUAGCAUCAACUCAGUUAUUCUGGUAAGUUGCAUAUUUAAGUGAAAGAUCACUAAGAAACAGAAAAACUUUUGAAUAUAAAGGUUAAUUUACUCUUUCAGAGUAAGAUUUUCAGAAAAAAAUCCUACAGUUUAUCUAAAGAAGAGUUAUUCUCCUUUAAAUUUAACCUUUGUUUUAACCCAAACCCAGUUUGUAAGAUGACUGGAACAGAAGCAGCCUUGAGUUCCAGCCAUGUGUUCUCUCCACUAAGCUAUUAUUUUCCAUACAAAAACAUGGCGGAGAAGUUCUUGGUUAGGGUGUUCAGAGAAAAACAAAAUCUAUCAGUCAAAAGAUCAAAAUUAAGUUUUUUGAUUGGCAACACAAAAUUGGUCCUUAAAGUCCUGGUGAGUGAACUACCAACACCUCUAGAGAACUUCUUUUUGCAACAGGCCAUGAAGCAAGGAAGUCUUGGUGGCACCAGCUGGGUGGAUAGUUUCCAUCUCUGCCUAAUGACCAGGUCUGAGACACAUGCACAUUGAGAGCAAUAACUUGAAGCAUUCUGUCAGUGCUGGAGCUUCAAAGUGGCCUGUCUGAUUUCACCCAGCUCUCUUAAAACAAGGGAAAAAAUCUAGAACAAAGCCAAGGUCUACCAAAUCCUGUGAAAGAAUCACGAUAUUCAAAAAAAAAGAAUCAGACUGACAAACCGUAACAAUAUAAAGAACUUUUAUUUUCCUUUUUCCAUGUAAUGUUUUGUUACUAUGCUCACAGCUUUGUACCAAAGUGAAAGAAGAAAACCAAGGUCAACCUGCGUACAUGUUCUACACAGAUUAAAUUAUUAAAUACUCAAUCCUGUUGUUUUAUUUCAUCUCCAUUCUUCAAAAAGACUGUUUAACACUUAGAACAAAAUGAAGUUUGAGGAGCUGAAAGGUGCAUAUAACAGAAUAUACACCUACACAGUUUGCUCUUUACUUUGACUAUUAAAUACUUAACAAACAGUAGCUGAAACCAUUCCCUUAUCCUUCCUCACAUUCUACAACUCAGGACAACUUAGACUGUUUGAAGGACAGUACCAUAUAAGCCCGAAAAUCAAGGUUCAUCUGUACCUGUGUUUAAAUUCAAAAGAAGGGGAAAAUAAUUUCUCAACAGCACAUCUUUGUUUCACAGAACCUACGGUUUAUCAUGAGUUUUCAGUUAUUUGCCAUGGUCUGGCAUUAUCAGACAGCUUGAAAAUGUGCAUUAAGCACUGCAUUACAUCAAACAGUGCACAGCCAAACUCCUGCUAUUUUUCAGAAUUCAGCUCAUGCGCUGAUAAUAUGUUUAAAGUCUGCAAUCCACAUCUAAGUGGCAGAAGGCAAGCAGAAGCUGGGAUAUUUAAUGCAUCUUUGUACCAAUGGAUGACAGCAGUUUUCCCCCGGCCCCUUCCACACAUAGAAGCAGCAGCAUUAGACCACAAAGUGUUUUGCACUGUCAGUUAACUUAUUUUUGCCUUUGAUUUGAAGAAAAAAGGAACAAGAAAUAUAGACCAAUCCUAUAGUCCUAAGUCUUAUCAUUCGAUACAUGUGAGGCAAUUGGGAUUGGGGAAGGUUAAGCUUUGUGGCACCUACUAUAAGUGAUCAUUUUAGGCUACUCACACUCUUUUUGGAGCUUAGGCAGGGGUUGGUAUGUCUAUGGCAGAACAAGUUCUCAUGCUUUUGAGAAGAAUGAUAUAAGUGGUUUCAGUAGCACCUGCCCUAUUCUUUAUACCAUAAAAACCAUGAAUUCCUCUGAGCACUUUUUGUUUGCUGAAAAGUCUCAUAUCCCAAUGUCAGUCCUCCUAAAAGGAAAAGGGUGGCUUGCCCCCCAGAGGGGCUGCUAUAUUUAGUCAGUCAUAUUGAGUCCAGAGCUCAUUAUUGAACCUUUGACUAAUAAAAUAAACACAGCUAACCACAAAAUAAACCCUCACUCUACUCACUCUUCCACUCACAGCUUUUUACUUGCAUAAAAAACAAACUGAAAAUAAAAAUAGUUCUGAAACAGGAUUCAGGUGUGCAGUGCUGCCUUUCCUGAAAAUACUACUCUUAAAUUUCACAAAUAGUCCAC